GCGGGGGAGGGAGGAGGGAGGCGGCGGAGCAGCGCUGGCGGGGCCUGGCCGGGCCGGGUCGGCGCGUCUCCCUCUCGCCCCGCACCGGGGGCAGCCGGUGAGCCGGCCGCGGCGGCCGCAGGUGGAUGCCCGCGGCCCGGCAUGGAGCAGGCCUGCGAAGUGAGCCGCCGCAGCUGCCUCGUCCCCUUUGGCACCUCGCUGGCGACCGCCGAGGCCAAGGGCGGCCCCUUCGGCGAGGGCCGCGGCCCCGAGCCGCCCGCCAUGCAGCUGGCCGCCGCCAAGCCUGGCUACGGCCAGGACCCCUCGUCCUGCUACAUCCCGCUGCGCCGGCUGCAGGACCUGGCCUCCAUGAUCAACGCCGAGUACCUCGGCGGCGCCGCCGACGGCGCUGAGGCCCUGCCCGACCCCGGCUCGCCGGCCUCCCGCCUCCCCGCGCCGCAGGACCCGGCGGCCGACGGAGCCGGCCCGGCGGCCGAGGCGGCCCACGGGGCCCUGGGCUUCCCGCUGCUCCUGCGGGACGGCGAGGAGGUGGAAGAAGAGGAGGAGGAGGAGGAGGGCGCCGAGACGGCGGAGGAGGACGACGAGGAGGACGACGAUGACGAGGACGACGACGACGACGAGGAGGACGACGACGACGAGGACGACGACGAGGCAGCAGGGGAUGGGGAGGAGGAGGUGGCCGAGCCCGGCUCGCGGAGCCGUGGCCGCCCCGGGCCGCAGCAGGGCCCUGCCAGCCCACCGCGCCUGCAGCCGGCCGAACCGGGGCCGGACGGCUGUCCCGGGGAGAAGCCGGAGCCUUCCGCCAUCUCCGCGGCGGCGGCCCUGCAGCUCAUCCGAGCCAAGAAGAAACCUACUCCAGUGAAGUAUGAAGUUGGGGAUCUUGUUUGGGCCAAGUUCAACAGACGCCCAUGGUGGCCAUGCACAAUUUGUCAUGACCCAGUGCUCGACUGUCACUCAAAAAUGAAAGUUUCCAAUCGGCGACCGUACAGAGAGUACUAUGUGGAUGCCUUAGGAGAACCUUCAGAGAAGACCUGGGUUGCAGGGAAAGCGAUUGUCCUCUUUGAAGGAAGACAUCAGUUUGAAGAGCUGCCUGUUCUUCGGAGAAGAGGAAAGCAGAAGGAAAAAGGCUACAAACAUAAGGUUCCUCAGAGAUUUAUGGCUAAAUGGGAAGACAGUGUUGGACAGGCAGAAGACAUUCUUCUUGGCGGGCCAGAGGAUCAGAAGUGCAGCCAGAACUCCAGCGAGCUGGACAGUGAGAAGGAAAUGCAGCUGGAAUGUUAUACCAAUGGCCCUGGAGCAGAAAGGGACAGGCAGCUGAAUGGCUGUUUAAAAUCCUUGGCUUUUGACUCCAGACACCUGGCCAGUGAAAAAGGAAAAUUGCACAUUAAGCCACAUGUCAGAAAGAGCUCUGACAGCAGAAAAAGGACUAGAGUAAAAAAGAAUGGUGCAAGAGGGGAAGCUUCUAGGGGGGAAAUCAAAGAAAAAACACCAGAGAGCAUAGUUAGAAGCAUGAUGAUUGGGGACCUACCAGAAAAACAUGCAUCUCAUGAACUUCGCCGGAUUGCUAAUAGCCUGACAGCAUCCAGUAGCACCAGGGAAAACCACCAUUUGCUCUCCUCCUUUGGAGAAAGACAUUUUGAAAAGACAACUUUGAAACCAGGCUAUGAGAAUCGUAAAAGUGAUGCCCCGAAGAACACGCUCCAAGGGGAUUUGUUUUCCAGUGCAUCUUUGGAGAGAGAGAAGGGUUCCCUGGGCCUCAUGUGCAGUUCCAAGUUACAAAUACACUAUUCUGCAUCUGGUACUAGUAUUGAGAAAAAGCAAACUGAGUCGGAUUCAUCCUCUUCCCUCUCAGAUGGCGGGAACAGUGAUGUAGAUACCGUGGACCAAAGUUCAGAGAGAGCCUCUAGUGCUCUUGAAGUUAGUGAUUCUUCAGAUAAAGUGGAGAAAGAAUUUCCUAUGACGUCAAGUGGCAACAUUAAGUUUUCCAUGUACCUUUCUCAGAAGAGCAACAGAAGGGCCAGGAAGAAGUUGUACAGAGAUCGCAAAUCUCUGGGAAGUUCAGUAACCAGCAGACAUGAUGCUGACUUUGCAGAUGGGGAGCUUGAAAUAGGCUUCUCUGAUGCUGAGAUGUCCUUGACAGCUCUUGAGUGCUCUUCAGAUGUGAGAAAUGACAAUCUUUCCCUAGCAAACAAGCACACUACUACCCAAAGUGUUUCCAAGGACAGCUCCUGGCCUGCUGUUGCAAAUCAAGCAAUCUUGAAGCCGAAAAGUGUGAAAUUGCCCCAAAUCAGAAGUAUAAAAUGCAAACAUAAAGAAAAAGUUGCUGGGUUGGAGUCUUCUCUUGCAGAAGAGGAAGGUGGUGUGAAUCGCUGCUCUUCUGAUACCAAAGGUUUCUCUGGCCUCCAGAGAGAUUCUCUUCAGAGAAGUGGGAAGGCUGAUGGUCAGAAACUGUUAAACAACAUGCAUGAGAAAACCAGGGAUUCUUCUGAAAUAGAAACAGCUGUGGUGAAUCAUGUCUUGUCAGAGCUGAAGGAGCUCUCUUACCGGUCCAUGAAUGAUGAUGCUAAUGACUCUGGCACUCCCAAGACUACGGUGCCCUUACUUUUCUCUUCUGCCUCUGGUCAUGGUCGUUUGCCUAUCGAGCCAGAUUACAAAUUCAGCACCUUGUUAAUGAUGUUGAAGGAUAUGCAUGAUAGUAAGACGAAAGAGCAGCAACUGAUGACUGGUCAAAAUAUAGUUCCAUUUCGAAAUACCAGCACAGCUGAUGGCUCUGGAAGCAAUUCUGCGAGUAGUCUGAAGUCCUUGUCUAUUGUAGGUCCCCCAUAUAAAAUAGAAAAAAAUGGAGAUUGUGUCCAGGAAACAGUAAAUCCGAACUCGGCUAUAAGCAACUCCUCAUUUUCUCGCAAUCCUCCAACCAAGUUGACGGGGAUUGGUACUAGUAAAAGGGAGCCUGCGAGUGCUGCUGUUUCUGGGACAAAUGGCACAAAUUGCAUCUCCAAACGCAACUGUUCAAAAUCUAAGCAGUCAUCAAAGCUUGGAGAUAAAACAGUUUCAAACAGAAAGGACUUAAAACCAGGAGGGCCAAGUAAGUUGCUAAGUCUGUUAUCCAGAGAUUCAGGAGAACAUACAUUCCGUGUUCACGGUUCAGUUACCAGUCCUCUAGGUAAUGAAGCAGAAGAUACUGAGAGGAAAGAGUCUGUUGAUUUAACAGAACAUUCAACUGAUGAAGACUCUGCCUGUUUAUCUGAUGACAAUUUAGAUCGUAUUGGAAGGAGACCUGAAGCUGGUAGAAAUAUUGAGAGCUGCACUUCUGCUGAAAAUGGGGAGAGUCCAGACUUGGAUUCAGAGGCAAAUAGUGAGAGUUCUCUUGGUGAUGAGUCUAAUGAUAUAAAUCACGUAGCACCCAAAAAGCGAUGGCAGCGUUUUAACCAAAGCAGUGCUAGAUCUAAUAAGCACAUCAGUAGAUCUAGGGAACAAGGAAACUUGGAGAGUGCCUUUGGCCUGAAUUCUCGUGGCUUUUCACUGAAGGGAAAUGAGUGCUUGGGACGUAGGCAUUCCCCUCAUUCAAAGGUGCUUGAGGGAGACCUAACAGAUCAGGACUAUGAGAAUCAUUUAGACUUAGUUAAGAAACGUUUGAAUGUAUGUGGUAAGCCAAACAACAGUGUGAUGGACUCAGAAACAGAGCUUGGCAACUUUGCUCCCCAGUCUGAAUUCUCUGCACAAGUACAUUCAGAGAGGAAGCGCCUUAGGAAACCAAGUAAACGGCUUCUGGAAUAUGCAGAAGAAUAUGAUCACUUAUUUGCACCCAAGAAAAAAUCAAAGAAGGGCCAGGAGCAGUUGCAAAAGGUGAAUUCUGUGGUGAGGUCUGAAUUUGAAGGAGGUCUUCCUGCACAGUGCAGUCCUGACAGAGGUGCCCAGCAGGGACAGAGUCCUUUGGUUUUAACUUCAUCUUCAACCAAAGAGUCCCCUCCCAUCCUUGAAGCAGAGUGCUCCUUCUCAGAACUAGGAUCCCAUUCCACUGAUCCUAAUGAUCAACUUCUAGAAGGACCUUCAGAGUUUCCAGAACUGGUGCUGUCUUCCUCAGAUGUUUCUGAAGUUUCUGCUUCUCCAGAUGCAGACGAGAGAUUCCUGAAAUCAGGAAACUUCGAAAGGAAGCGUCAGCGGAAGCCCACUAAAAAGCUCUUGGAAUCCAAUGAUUUGGACACUGCCUUUAUGCCAAAGAAGGAAGAGUGGACUCCCCCAAAGAAGGUUACUGGCCCUUUGGAAACUGACAGCUCGGAGCUCUUCUCACCAGCCCACUUCCCAGACCUGGGAGAAGCUUCUGAAAAGCUCUUGGAGAAGCAGCGGAAGCGGAAGAGACAGCGCCAUGCCUCUACUGCAGCACAUUCCAAGAAGGAGAGAAAUGAGGAGGGGCUGGGGGAGACCCCACACUCUGAGGGGGAGACAUUGGUUCACAGGACUGCUGCAAGCCCUAAAGAGGGUAAUGAAGAGGGGUCAGAGAAUGACCAUGGAGUGCCUUCAUCCAAGAAGAUUCAGGGGGAGCGUGGAGGAGGAGCAGCUCUCAAGGAGAACGUGUGUCAGAUCUGCGAGAAGCCAGGGGAAUUGUUGCUGUGUGAGGCUCAGUGCUGUGGUGCUUUCCACCUGCAGUGCCUUGGGCUCUCCGAGAUGCCAAAGGGCAAAUUCAUCUGCAAUGAGUGUUCCACAGGGGUUCACACCUGCUUUGUGUGCAAGAGCUGUGGGGAAGAUGUCAAACGGUGCUUGCUGCCGCUCUGUGGGAAGUAUUACCACGAAGCCUGCAUCCAGAAGUACCCGCCCACAGUCAUGCAAAACAAGGGCUUCCGAUGCUCCCUGCACAUUUGCAUGACUUGCCACGCUGCUAACCCGGCAAACAUCUCUGCAUCUAAAGGUCGCUUGAUGCGCUGUGUACGGUGUCCUGUCGCCUACCACUCCAACGACUUCUGCCUCGCUGCUGGCUCCGUGGUCCUGGCUUCCAACAGCAUCAUCUGCCCCAACCACUUCACAGCUCGGAGGGGCUGCCGCAACCAUGAACACGUCAAUGUCAGCUGGUGCUUUGUCUGCUCAGAAGGGGGCAGCCUUUUAUGCUGCGAGUCGUGCCCGGCUGCGUUUCACCGGGAGUGUCUAAACAUUGAGAUGCCAGAGGGAAGCUGGUAUUGUAAUGAUUGCAAGGCAGGCAAAAAGCCACACUACAAGGAAGUAGUCUGGGUGAAAGUUGGGCGCUACAGGUGGUGGCCAGCUGAGAUUUGCCAUCCUAGGACAAUUCCUGUCAACAUCCAGAAAAUGAAACAUGACAUUGGUGAGUUCCCUGUGCUGUUCUUUGGCUCCAAGGAUUAUCUGUGGACCCACCAGGCCCGUGUGUUCCCUUACAUGGAAGGUGAUGUCAGCAGCAAAGACAAGAUGGGGAAGGGUGUGGAUGGCAUCUACAAGAAAGCUCUUCAGGAGGCUGCAGUAAGGUUUGAAGAGUUGAAGGCACAGAAGGAACUGAGACAGCUUCAGGAAGACAAAAAGAAUGACAAGAAACCUCCUCCCUACAAACACAUCAAGGUGAACCGGCCAGUGGGUAAGGUGCAGAUCUUCACUGCAGACCUGUCCGAGAUACCACGUUGCAACUGCAAACCAACAGAUGAAAACCCGUGUGGCCUGGACUCCGAGUGCAUCAACCGCAUGUUGCUCUACGAGUGCCACCCUCUGGUGUGCCCGGCCGGCGAGCGCUGCCAGAACCAGUGCUUCUCCAAGCGCCAGUAUCCCGAGGUACAGAUCUUCCGCACGCUGGCACGAGGCUGGGGCUUGCAAGCCAAGACAGACAUCAGGAAGGGUGAAUUUGUUAAUGAAUAUGUUGGGGAGCUAAUUGAUGAAGAGGAGUGCCGAGCCCGAAUCCGCUAUGCUCAGGAGCACGACAUCACCAAUUUCUACAUGUUGACACUGGAUAAGGACCGCAUCAUCGAUGCUGGGCCCAAGGGCAACUACGCUCGGUUCAUGAACCACUGCUGCCAGCCCAACUGUGAGACCCAGAAGUGGUGCGUGAACGGCGACACCCGCGUCGGGCUCUUCGCAAUUGUAAAUAUCAAAGCUGGGACUGAGCUGACUUUCAACUACAAUCUGGAGUGUUUGGGAAAUGGAAAGACUGUUUGUAAAUGUGGUGCCCCAAAUUGCAGUGGCUUCCUAGGAGUACGGCCAAAGAGUCAACCCCCCCUCACCGAGGAGAAGUCCAAGAAGCUGAAGAGGCGGCCACAGAUGAAGCGCCGGUCGCAGGCGGAGGUGAUGAAGGAGCGAGAGGAUGAGUGUUUCAGCUGUGGGGAUGGAGGGCAGCUGGUUUCUUGUAAGAAGCCAGGCUGCCCCAAGGUGUACCAUGCAGACUGCCUCAACCUGACCAAGAGACCUGCAGGAAAAUGGGAGUGCCCAUGGCAUCAGUGUGAUGUGUGUAGUAAGGAAGCAGCUUCCUUCUGUGAGAUGUGCCCCAGAUCCUUCUGCAAGCAGCACCGGGAAGGCAUGCUCUUCAUCUCCAAGCUGGAUGGACGCUUAUCCUGCACAGAACAUGAUCCCUGCGGGCCUAACCCUUUAGAGCCAGGAGAAAUCCGUGAGUAUGUGCCUCCCAUAGGAGCCCUGGGUAGCGAUGAUGACACCCAGCCACCAGAGCAGCCAGCUGCAGACACAGACCUGAGCAUUCAGCCUCUGGACAGCCUACCUCAGCCUGUGGCCCUCAAACUGGAGUCACCAGAAAAGCCCCCCACUACCCUAGCGCUGAGGCUGCCAUCAUCAGACAAGCCCCCUACCACCCUUGCCCUGAGGGUGCAGCCAUCAAACAAGCCCCCCACCACCUUGGCCCUCAGGCUGCCUUCACCAGACAAACCACCUGCAACCUUGGCACUGAGACUGCCACCAUCAAAUAAACCCCCCACCACUUUGUCACUGAGGCUGAAGCCAUCCAGCAAACCCCCCACCACCCUCUCACUCCGGCUGCAGCCUUCGGACAAACCUCCCACCACCCUCUCGCUCCGCCUGGAGCCAUCGGACAAGCCCCAAGCUGCCCUGUCCCUGAGGCUGCAGUCAGAGAAACAACCCAUCAUCGUCGCACUGAGGCCUCAGCAGCCCGACAAACCUCCCACCAAUGCGGUGCUGUGGCCACUGGACGAGUCCUCCGGUGACGCAUCACAGCCCGACCUGCCGAGCAAAUCUCCUCCAGGAACUCCACAGUCAUCAGAUGAGUCGCUUGUCCCUGCUGGUGCCCUGCAGCUCCAGCUGUCAGAUGAGCCUUCUGCCGCCCCUGGGGUUCUGGAGUUACUGGACAAGUCUCUCAUUGACACCAGGACCCAGCAGCCUGAGCUGCUGGAUGAGUUCUCCAUGAAAUGUCUGCAUCCUCCACUGUCGGACAGACUUCUCGCCACAGCAGGGACCCUGCAGUCCCAGCUGGUGGAUGAGUCUCCUGAGGACGAUCAGCCUGCGCUGUUGGACACACCUUCUCCCCAGAGCCCCCCACAGCUUCAGUCUGUGGAAAAGGCUCCCAGCUCCGUGGUGCCACAGGCCCCAGCAUUGGAGAUGUCUCCUGGCCCUGGGGUGCUGUGGCCUCUGCCCAUUGAAAAUGUCCCUGACUCCCCAGUCUCACGGAUCCUGUCCACGGAGAAGGCUCCUGGAUCCGCUGUGUCAUGGCUCCCAUAUUCAGAGAAGGCCCCUGGCUCUGGGGCACCCCAUCCCCUACCUCCGGAGAAGGCUCCUUCCUCGGGGAUGCCACGGAUCCUGCCUACAGAGAAGGCUCCCAGCUUAGGGGCACCGUGGGCUCUGCCUCCAGAGAAAGCCCCUGGCUCCCGGUCACCGCACAUCCUGCCCAUGGAGAAGGGUCUUGGCUCAGGAGCCCUGCGGAUCCCCCUUAUGCAGAAGUUGCUGCCCCCCGGGGUGCUGCGGCCCCUGCCUCCGGAGAAGGCUGCUGACCCUGGGGCCCUGCGGGUCCUGCCUGUGGAGAAGGCUCUGGGCUCUGGGGCCACCCGGCCUCAACUCUUGGAGAGGCCUCUCCCUCUGGCAGCCCCGUGGCCCCAGGCAUCGGACAAGCUGGCUGCUGCUGUGGCCCCUCGGCCCCAAGCCUUGGACAAGCCCCUGGCUGCAGCUGCUCCGCGGCUGUUGCUGUCGGAGAAGGCGCUGAGGCCCGUCGACCAGAACGCUCAGCCGAAGGAGAGAGGAGCCCCGGCCGUGGAGCUGAGUCCCCAGCAGAAAGAGAGGACCAUGUUAGCUGGUGAGCAAAUUUCUUGGUCUGCAGGGAAGGCGGUGACGCAUGUCGGACAGGUACCUUGGCCUAUGGAGAAACUGCAGAUGCACGAGCAAACCCACUGGCCCACUGCAAAGGCCCUGACACCUGCAGAGCAGCCUCCCCGGACAGCAGAGAAACUACCAGAGCCGACCCUUCAGCCUGGCUGGGAAGUGGCCUCAGCCCCCACGGAGCAAACCCCUUGGGCAUCAGAGAGAUUGUGUGCGUUUGAGCAGACCCCCCGGCCAGCCAGGGAAGCACCGGUGUCCACGGAGAGGAUGCAGUGGAUUGUCACGAACAUUCAGACAAUUGACCCGAUUUCUUGGCUGAGUGGAAAAGCACAGACUCCUCAGGGGCAGGACCCUUUGCCUGAACAAAACGCAGUGCUAGCCCGUAACCAGGAUUCUGUCUGUCGUGAGUUGGCCGACUCAGAGCCAAAGUGAGGUUGGUGCAUAUGGGAGGCAGGUUUCAGUCUUUUAAUGUUUAGGGAGGGGGAAUCUUUAUUUUUUGUUUUCUUUUUUUUUUAAUUCACUUCCCUGAGCCCAGCCCCUAACCCAUGCACAACCCAUCCAUAUUCUCUCGUGAACGAGCGAGGACAUUCACUUAAAUCUGAGUGUGGCCCAGUCGAAGGGAGAGAGCAUCUGUGACCUUUUCCUCUUCCUUAUACAGAUGGUAAAGCUGAAAUAAAGAAUCCACUCUGGGUAAAAAUCUCCAAUUCCAUUGAAAUGGUCACAUUACCGAUCCAGCAUGUUUGAGCUCCAGGUCUCACUAGUAGGCAGGUUCCCAGGGGCAGCUAGAGGUCUCGCUCUUCCUACUGUAUUUAGAGGGAGCAGAUCAGUCGGGCUGCCCUGGGACUGGAGGUGUUCCUGGGAUCAGGCGGUGAGCGGUCAGGUGUACGCCCUUGCAGGGCUCUUUGGAAGCAGGGAAGGGGUUUACCUGUCACCUGCCCAGGUCUCUGUGCCUGCAGGGUGUUGCUUUGCCAGAUUUGUCCGUGCAUUUGCUGGGACGUGCUGUGUGUGUGGUUCAUGGAAGAACAGGUAUCGUCUCCAGCUGAGCUGUGAGAGGAGCCCCCUGCACUCGCUCAGUGCAGUUUUCUCCAGCAAUAGGUAAUACCCAUUCAGGCUCCUGUGUACAAGGCUGCGAAUGGCCAGGCCUGAGAAACGGGGAAUCUGAAGGAGGUCAGGAAAAAAAGAGAACUUGGAAGAAGCCAUCUGGCUUGUUUUUCAUUCUUGUGUCUUAAUCCUGUAGCACAGGACACGCAGAGUGUUUCCUGCACUUGAAAACAUUGUGACCUAUAAAGCAGCAAUAGCAGAGUAAGGCAGAGUGGAUUUCCCCAAGGUGCUGAGCACCACCCUGGCAGGGUGGUGCUCCCUUUCAAAUUUCCAUCCAGUCUCUUCUUCUGUCGUCACCAUGAGCCAGUAGACUGAGCAGUCUUUUCUCCCCUUGCCUCAGACGUGUUCAGGAUGUGUUCGCAUCAUGCCUGGUCUUCCCAGCAGCGGGACGAGCUGCGAGUGACGCCGGUACCAUUGGCAGCGUGGAGGCAAGGGUGUCGUAGCUGUAUCGGGACCCACCACAACACCUUCCCCUCGGGUAGCUUCUGGCUUAACUCUUCUACAACCAAAGGAGACUUGAAUUAACUGGACUGUGUUGGUGUGCAUGUGUGUGUGCGCGCGCGUGUGUCCUUCCAACUGAAUAGUAGUUCUCACACUGGAACACGGUGGGCUCCAGCAGCUGGCUGGCUUUUUUUCCCCUUCUGCUCUCUUUUAUGGUUAAGGAGAUGUUUAGUACCUGGUGGUCAUCAGGCUGGUGUCCAGAUUGUUGGAAGGCCUGUUGGAAGUUGUUUACUCAAGUGUUGAGGCAGAAGUUUGCUUGGCCGUGAUAUUCCUGAGGCAAACAGUAGAUUCCUGGGGACCUGCGGAGUGGCAUCUCGUGUACACUGGUACCCUUGCAGGCAGGAGAAGGAGGAUGAGUGUCUCUGGAUGGCACUGCCUGGGCUGGAUGGGGUCGGUGUCCUGCCAAGGAAAGCACUGCUGACCAGCACACUCUCCCACUCUCACAACGCAUUACCUCUGUGGUUUGCCUAAGCUCUGCUGAUCCAGGUGCCGCAGCCUUGAAUCUCCAUGCCUGCCACCAGACCCUUGCACAGUUCCAGUGUAUCCUUCUCCUUCCAGGCAGAUCUGUGGGUCCCUCCCUGGAAAGGGAGUGUUCAGCUCCAGGCUGACCCUCUCCCUCCAACAUGGGAGCAGGUCAUUGUGCCCACCAGCUUGCAAGUGCCUGCUGCUCCCAAAGCAGACAGUCAUGAGCUUUGCAGUUUUCUAUGAAGGGAGGCAGACACAUGUACUGAAACUAACCCCAAUCCAUUCUCCUUUCCCCAUGGAUGAUGCACCUCAACACCACAUCCUGCUGUAAGGGCUGGGUGUGCGGGGCACAAGGAGACGUUACCAGUGCUGUGGUGCAUCUCUUGCCUAGUCCGAAUCAUUUCAGAUCCUAUGUAGAAUAGCUAGUGACUUCAAAAAGCUUUAUGGCUUAUGGAAACUUACUCUUUAAUGUGUUGUGUCUUUUUUUUUCCGGGAAGACUGGCAGGUCAGUUCCUGCUUGCUGCUGAAACUAGGAAAUGCAAGCAGCUUGUGUUUCUGCGUGACUCCUGCACAAAGGGAAUCAGGACAACUCCUCAGAGCCAUUGAGAGAGAAGAUAAUUUAAGGGCAUUCAUUAACUUUUAAAAACUAAAUAAAGAAAAAUGGUAAUGAGGUUCAGUAUAUUAAGUAUUUAUCAAGUGUGAGAAGGAAAAAAAAAUAUAAAAUCGUGAAUUUACAUUUAUAGGCCUUCCCAUGAGCUGGACUUAGUCAUGUAGAUUGUGUAAGUAGGGUUACCUCCGUGCCAGCCACCCAGCCAGCUACAUCUGUAACCAGAAAGGUAUCUGCACUGCUCUGUCCACCUCCGCUUCGCAUUGUCACGUGUUAACUAGUUACGUGUUUCAUGAAAAAUAAACUGUGAAUAUUUUUGGUGCAGGCUUUUUUAAAUCUGUAAAAUGGAGAAGUUCUCAAUGAAUUCUCGCAAGUGCAGGUUUGGAAAGAAAAAAUAUCACUCCUAAAUCGUGUGCUCGAGUAGUAAGGUGAGGUUUGUGGCAGCAGCCUUUUGUGCAGCAGGCUUUCAGCCAAAAGCUUGUUUUGAACAGUGAAUGUGGAUUGAAGCAUUGCAUGGCAUUUCAAACCCACAGCCUUACUCCUUGCAUCUGACCAUACCCCACCUCUCUUCUUUUGUCUCCCCUCAUGCCUUUUUCAUGAGGAUCCAGGGUUUCUGGUUUGCUGCCUUCCAGCUAUGUGCUAGGAAGUUGACUUCAGCCUAGCAGAAGCAGCGCUGCUCUUCCCUCCUUGGGCUCUUGGUCUGUGCUCUGUCAGACCAGGAGGGCUUUUCAGAAAUGUGUGGGGCUUGCAGAGGGAGUCGUGGUGCUGUUAGAAAUGGGUGGCUGUGCUGAGUCACCUCAGUAAGGCAGGCAGGGCCUGACCAGGGCCUGAGCAGGUGUGGAGAUGGGUCCUGGCAGCCCUGCCCAGCCUGCCUUCAUCAGUGGUGAGUGGGAAACAGCUCUGGGCUACACAUCCCUUACGAAGGAAAUAGGGACUUAUUCAGCACUUGAGGAGUCUGUGGCUGUUAUUGGCACCUGGUAGCACUGCCUUGGAGGAGGAGAGGAAGGUGUCUGUACUGAUGUUGUUGGGUUAAUUUUCUGCAGUCCAUUGCUGCCUAUAGACCAGACAGUUUGAAUCACUUGGGUUUUUAAGUGAUGGGUAAUACAUAGCCCAGCAGACUGCUCCUGCAGGAGAGACUGCUGCAGCUCUACUCCUGCCUUCCCAAGCCCCUGUGCUGGGCUGGAUGGAGCAAGGCCAGCUCUGCUGUGGCUGAGGCCACACUGCUUUUUCACUGUGUUGAAGGGAUCUGAUCACCUGGCCACUGCCUGUCUUGAGUCAGGCAUAAUUGUAUCCAAGGUGGGUAAGUGGUGACUCUUGUGUUGAUUCACUGCUGUGGAGAGUUGUAGAAGCAGAAUCAAUGGUAUAAUUAUUUCUGCUCAGAGCUGUGUCCCCUUUCCUGCUGUCCCAGGGAGGCUCUCAAGAACCUCCCACAGUCAUGAGCCCAUUCCCAUUUGUAGGAGUGUCUCACCCUUCCCAUUCUGGAGGAGAUGAAGGAUUUGUUCCCAUACAGAUGCUUUGCUGGUCAACAUCCUUGCUGUUAGGAAUAGUCUGGCUGCCCUGCUCAGAGCUGAAAUCACUGGCUGUGGCCUCUGUCUCACAGCAUGACCCACUUCAGUGGUAGGUUUCCAUGGUGGGCAGGAGAUUCCCAGUUGACCUCUGGUGACAGAGGAGCUCUGAUGAGGGGUGACCGCAUGGCUGGGGACUUGGUCUGCCUGCGCAGGCAGGGGAGGAGCCACUGCAGGAGGUGUGAGCAGCAGGGGAGCAGGCACUGACUGUCACCCCGCGUGUCUUGUCCCAUUGCACCAUCUUGCUGGGCUUGCACCUGCUGUCAGCCCGGGCUCUGGUGAAUCUAGCAGAAAAGUGACCACUGUAAGAGAGAAUCCCCCACAGCACACAUUUAGAUACUGACUAGCCCGCGGUAGCUUGCUUUAUUGCUGUUCUCGAGUUAAAACUUUCCCUAUUUAACAAAAAAACCCACCAGAACCAGAUUCACUUCCAUGCACGAAGUAUCCAGGUGACACUGGGAGCACACCUUGGGAUACAGGGUUGAACCCCCCCGCAGGCACAGGCUUGGCUUUGAAGGUGUGGCUGUUGUUAAAAGUUCAGGAGAUAAGAGAUGAUUGAAUCAAAUGGUCGGGAACGAAGGUGAGACAGCACGGAUCGAGGUGCUAGACCAGCUUCAGCUCCGUUUCACAGAAAUAAAAAAGGACAGGCAGCCCUAACCCUGAUGCAUCUUGGCAGCAGCUUAACCUGAGCGCGCUGUGAACGUGCACUGCUCCUGCCUGGGCACUCCACUUAGUGUUGUGACAGGGCAGGGGGAGUUUGUUGGAGAAACCUCAGACCUUCAACACCUUCCUUUUAUUUUUAAUUUCAGCCUUAACUUCUGAUUUUGCUUGAUGUUUGGAAUAACCGUAAUUGUAACCUGCUUGUAACGUGCUUUGCCCUAAAUUACCGAUGAGGCUUUUAGCCUUUGCCAGCCAGUGAGUGUUAAAGCAAAGUAGCAAAUUGUGCAGCUUCUCUCAGAGUACAGGGGUCCGGUGAGGGCUCACUCCGUGUUUAAUUGCCCGGGCUUUGUCUGAGCUAAUGACUCCCCUGUGAUGGUGAUAACGUCAAUGGCAGCGUUUGCAGCCAGGCUGAGCCUCCUGCAGCAGCACAGCCAGGAUGAUGUGUGCUCGGGGCUCCCAGGGCCUGGGAGAUGGGAUGCAGGAGCCUGGGGGCCGCUCCGGCGCUUGCCUGGCUUCAGCUGGAGUCUCGCCUGCGGGCAAGCGGUGCCCUUGCUUAGCAGGAGGUGGGAAAAGGCAAGAUUUCUGCUCCAGGUCCUCUAAAAAGCGAUCUAAGCCAAGUGGUGCAGGGGGGCAGCAUACGUGAGCUUGGGCUAGAUUAGUGGCAGUGUGGGACAGUCCCUACAGCACUGAAUCUACCUCCUAGGGAAAUCUGAGAAAUGGGUGUUGCUACGUCCUAUUUCAAGGUAAAGUUUUAAUCAGUUUGCCCUUGGCAAAGCACUUGGGCUAUUGUGGUGCUAUUGUAAACCGUCUGGCAGCUUAGCACAGUAGGGCUGGACUCACGGCUCGUAGCCCGCGGGCUGGAGGUUUCCUUGCUGGCUGAACCCCAUCCCCUGAUAGCUGGGGCUGGGCUUCGGCGUGUGUGAUGGGAACAGAGCGAGGCGUGACUCGGUUCCUUCGGUUUUUGGUGGUUUUGAGACUCAAGCCAGCGUGCCAGUGGGCCCCGUGGGCAUAGGGAGCCAGUGCAGCCAUGUGAAGCAAGACCGGCGUCUGCUAACUGCAUGUUCUUUGUGUCCGUUUGGUACUGAGCUGGUUUCAGUUUUGGUUUUUUUUUUGUGUUUUGUUCUCCCCUCACCCCUCCUUCCCCCACCCCCAUAUUUCCGAGAUGUUGACUUCAAGGAACUGGGUUUUGUGUAUUUUUUUUUUAGACACUGGGAACUUGUUAAAAGGAAAAGCAGCAGCCCCGGGAGGCUCAAGGUGGAGCGUGGCUGUAGCCAAGGGUGGCCCUAGCUGACACGGGUGGGAGGUCGGAUGUGUUGGCAGCAGCUGAUUUGGGCGGGCAGGGAGUGGGACAGAGAGCUGCUCUCCCUGCCAUGGCAGGAAAAGCCUUUCAGCAGCCGUGCUCACAGCCCUGCUUUACUGCAGUUCACCUGUGCUCACUGCCCCACCAGCCUGCCUGCCCCUGAGACACCAAAAGUGUCCAAUAGCACGUCUGGCUUUGAAUGUCCCCUGCCACCCUCUGGUGCCCUGUGCUCUUGGCUGGAGGUCCUGGGGAGGGUGGCCCUGGCUGCCUGUUCCCCCUGCCUCACUGCCUGGGGAGGGGGCACACGGGGGGGCCACCUGUGCUCAAGCAGCAGCAUAAGUUGUGCUGAAGCCAUGAGUGGGAAGUUUGGUUGGAGAGGAGGGGGAGCCUUGGUGUGAGCAGCCCUGUGCUGCGUUCCUCCCCCACCAAGGUCUGCAGCCCAUGGGGUGGUGGUGGAGUCCCCUGGGGGGAGACACGGCAGGAGUUGGAGUGUCCAGCCCAGGCUGGGGCCAGCCAGAGCUGUGGGCACAUGCUGGGGCUGGGGGACGUGUGUGUGGGUGCUCAGCCCUGGCCAGGACUUGUCAGUUCUCAGCAGGGAUGCCAGAGCGGGUGAGAGAAACUUACAUAUUUCCAGCAUGUAUAUUAUUUUUAGAAGAGGGAGAGGGGAGAGUCUUGGACCAUUGAUUACUUUCAUUUUGCUCCCCUUAGACUGUUGGCUGUGUAUGUGAAACUUAUAAUGAAAAGAGGGUUGCCCCGCCCAGGUGCUCCCAGAACAUGUACUGUAAUUCUUUGUAUAUAGAAGAAAAAUUACUGUAAAGUAAAGUUUAACUUUACUCUCGA